AUGCACGCCUUCGGCCUGGCUUCUGGAGAGAUCUUUCAGUACAAUCGAGAGAACUUCCAGUUCGACAACGAGCAGCGGAUCAGCAAAGAUGUGCAGCGCUACAAAAUGCAGGUGGAACGCUUCGAGCUGUUCAGAGAAGACAUUGAGGAUCUUGUGAAGCUUACGGUGGACAAGAUGGACAUGUACCACUUGGUUUCGGCCGUUGUCCUCGGCUUCACGACCAGUGUAUUCACGGAGGGCCGAAUCAUGGGUAAAACACCGCCGAGCUACAUCGCCGUCUACUUUAUGGCUGUAGGUUCCGGCUGGCUGUAUCUCCUGAUGACGGUGUGGCUGAGCAUGUACGCCUCGAUCAGUUCUCACAGCCUCGGUGUUCGGCUCCGCACGAGAUACGUGCGACUGCCAAUCCCGAGCCUGCGGCAGCUUUACGGCAUCUCUUCCUCUCUGCAAGACUUCGAGCAGCAGGGCUUCCAGAAGAUGUUCCGACUACCCUUUGGACCACAAGGCACCCCGCAAUGGGAUCGAAUGAAUCGACCCCCCGUCGCCGCUCCAGGGCCGUCGCAGGCUACAUCGUCCCAAGCUGCUGGGCCCGGGCAAGCGCCGGACGCCCCAUUGCGGGUGCCCUUCGCUGUGCCUUUCGCUCCUCCUGCGGAAGGUCCUUCCGGUGACAGAGCGCUGCGCCGCGGGGGCUCCAUGUCCUCCACGGGCUCAGAGGAGCAGCUGGCUCUAGAUGCCAGUGUGGUGACGACGCAACAUAUCAAUGAACAUGAAGAGUCUCCGGAUCUGGGCAGAGGCUACAGCGGCGACAACUUCCAUGGUGCACGUGAAAGCAUCUGCAAUGCCACCGACUAUGCCACCGCAGCAGCAUGCCAUGCCGAGUACGUCUACAUUGAGCUCCUGCCAGCAGCAGAUGGUGGAGUACUGUGGCCCAUCUCCGCACCGUUUAACAACCAAGUGCGGCAUUUGACGAUGCAGGCGCAGCUCAUGCAACGCAGCAAUUGUCCGAAUCAGCUCCACCGCGUGAAGCUGAGCAUGGACCAUCCCGGCUCCGGCAGAAGAGCGAGGAAGCUAGCGAUGCACUGGGCCCGAGGGGAUUCGGACCCUGAUGCGAUGCUCCUGAUCAAUCCGAAACUGGACCUCAAGCCGGUGUUUCACGAAGCGUUUCGCAAAGACCUCCGCAAAGAUGACAACAAAGGGACCUCUUGGGCCUUGGCGAAGCUGGCUUUGGCCGUGAGCAGGUGCUUGAACGCGCCGUGCGUUGGACUCGGACAGAUCGUUUUUGCCCGAAACCUGAAGUUUGAGACCUGCGAUCAGUGGCAGUGCUUCGAUGCAUACGCACGUGUCAGCAUGAGCCUGGGCGUGCACCAAAUCGUCCAGGCGAUCAAUCUUUUCGUCUUGGGCCUGACAUUGGUGGAGACGCAUUGCCCCUCGGUGGCCAUCGCGAUCACCCUCACGUUGCAGGCGGUUGCUUUCUCCUUGACCUUCAUGGACGUAGCCAGCCUUCACCGGUGGCAGUGGGCCGGAAUGCUGGUGAUUUCAAGCGGGUGUGCAGUCACAACGGUCUUCUCCUUGAUGUUCGCAAAGCUGACGGCUGAGUCCGUGCCCGACAUCACGAAGCCGUUCCCCCUGGCUCCGAUUGGCUAUUUAUUUCAGGUGAUCUAUUUCCAGCUGAUCUUGGAACUCGCCAAGCCGACGGACGAGAUCAUGUCCUUGCCCAGGAGAUUUCGGGCAGUCUUGUUCACGGACGUCUUCGGCGACUCGAGCUACGAUCCGACGGAUGCAGAGCACGCCCUGCCGCCGGAACCCGGGAGGCCGGGGCAGAUGCAGCGCAUGGCCCAGGACAAGGCGCUGGCCACGUGCGAUAACCUCUCGGCAAUGGCGCAGAUGGCUCUUCGUCGUUGGGAGGCGCUUCCACAGCCACACUUGAGUGACGAGGACCAGGCCGUCCUCGAGCAGAAAAGGAAGGAGUACACGCUGUCACGAAAGGCGCUGAUGGCACACCUUGUGGAACUCAAGCGUGAACAGGGAGUUCCCUUCGAUCCGGAGGACCGCGAUCGGCUUGAGUUGAAGUCAUGGAGCGAGCUCAAUGACGUCGAGAAGGCCGAAGACGUGUUUGCCGGUUAUGUCAUUGGCCCGAUGCAGCUCUCCGCUGGCAAGUCGCAGCUCUACUUCUAUGACUUGGAAACAGGCGAGUGCAUCUAUGACCGCCCAGGGCGUCGACCGCUGCUCACGCUUGACGACGUGUCCGAGCAUGUCAGCAAAUUCGCCCGAGCUGUCCGGAGAGUGUUCUCCGAUGCACAGCAGGCUGCCGAGGAGUUCGAAGACGGCGAGUCUUCGCGGGGCGCGAGUCCAGGCCACAGUGCCGACGGCCUGGAGCCACAGGGUGGUCGUGGCCGCUCCAUUCAAAAGCGGGUGGCACGGUCGAUGACGAAGCUCAUGGGACAGACCCGACUACCAACACGGGUGGACAACCUGCCAUGGAAGGCGCUCAUGCGACUAACACAGGUUCUUCAAUGCUGCUGGAUCUUCCUGGCCGUUGCAGAAGCCUGUUCCAACUGGUUCCCGGACACGUUCGGGGCAGACCUGUUCCGCGUUAGUUGGUCAGGAGAUUCUGGCGAACUCAAGGAGGACUGGCAUGGAGACCCCGAAGAGAAGUACUUGCACGAGUGCGAGGAGCAUCUGCAUCACGAAGAGCAUGCAGGCGAGCAUGAAGAGCACGCGCACCAUGCAGAGCAUGCGAGCGAAGGUGAACAUCAGACCGCUCCUGCAGAAGGAGAGCAUGCAUCACCGGCUUCUCCAUACGAAGGAGGCCAUCCGAUCAGCUACGAAGGAGACCUCGCGCCGUUGCACGAAGGCGCUCCUUCGGAGCACGAAGGUGCCGGCCACCUGCGACGGCUCCGCUCAGAGACACCAGGGCGACCCUGGUGGCAACGCGCAACGGAGGUGAAGGCAACGUGGCCUCACGGCAUUUUCUUCCGUGCGGUGGCUCUGGCCAGCUUGCCUGAGUCCGGCUUGCUUGCCACCACGGCCUUCACACUGUACAGAUCUUCCGAGCCACGCCUCGGACAGAGCCUCUCCUGGCAGGCCUUGCCGAGACCGGAGUUCCCAGCUUCGGCAGCCAUCUGCGAUGCCGGCAGAAAUGGUUCGCAAGAAGCGGCUUCUCGUUGCCUGAUGAUCGCGCCAAGGAGUGCGACUCCAGCCCUCGUCUUCUGGUCUUUCGGCUCCCCGGAAGCUGCCGUGGAACUUCCUCUUUCGCCAAGGUUGCUGCCGUGGAAGACUGCAGCAGGUGCGGCGCUGCCCUGUGAAAAACUGCAGUUCUUGGCGCAUGCGGAUGCACAGCGGUGUUUGCUGCUGGCAGGUUGGGAUGAUGCUCGACUGCGAGUCGCUUUGGUGAAACUUCAAGAUGGGGGCCUGCUGCCUUCGCCUGACGCGCAGGUGGCCGUGCGCUCUGAGGUGCCGCUGGGCAGCGGCUGUGGCAAGGCGCCGGAUGCCCUGCACGUGGAUGCCACAGGUCGGCUCUGGCUUUCGGAAGGCGGAGCCUUGGCGGCUUGGCACCUGCCCUCAGGUGCCUUCCUUGGCCGCUGGCAGCCUUCCUGGCGAUCGUUCCGGCCGUCCGCCCUCUGCACUUGGGGCGGACGCCUCCUCGUCGCCGGUGCCGCAGGACCCGGCUUCGGAAGGCCUGCCUUGCUCAGCUUCAGGCCCAACCUGACGGAAAGCCAAAGCGCUCCGAAUCGGCUCUAG